UUCAUUUGAAGCUUCUCCCCCAGAUACGAUACGAGAGAUAACGCACGGCAUCGGGUAGAAGAACGAGCCGAACCCAAACACCCCCUCUCCUCUCCUCCUCCACGACGACUCUUAACCCCAUCCUCCCGCCCCGGACCCGAGAGGAAACAAGCCAGGCCAUGGGCGACACCACCGCGGCCGCGUCCGCGCCCGCGCCGCCGAGGAAGUUCGGCAGGAUCUGCGUCUUCUGCGGAAGCAACUCCGGCAAUCGCGCGGUCUUCGGCGACGCGGCACUCGAGCUCGGCCAGGGGCUGGUGACGAGGGGGGUCGAUCUGGUCUAUGGCGGCGGCAGCAUCGGGCUGAUGGGCCUGAUCGCGCAGACGGUUCUGGAUGGCGGCUGCCACGUCCUCGGGUACCUCGCCGGCCGCCUCUGUUUAUAUAUAGUCCCAUAUAUAGUAGUAGCACUCUGCAACCUUCCUAAUGGGGUAUGUAUCUCUCUGUUCGAUUGUUUUUGCAGGGUGAUUCCAAGAGCACUCAUGCCCCUUGAGAUAUCCGGUGCAAGUGUUGGAGAAGUAAAGAUCGUCUCUGACAUGCAUGAGAGGAAAGCCGAGAUGGCGCGACAAGCCGAUGCAUUCAUUGCUCUCCCAGGAGGGUAUGGAACAAUGGAGGAAUUGUUAGAGAUGAUCACAUGGUCACAGCUCGGAAUCCAUGACAAACCAGUCGGGCUGCUAAACGUCGACGGGUACUACGAUCCGCUGCUCGCGCUGUUCGACAAGGGCGCGGCAGAAGGUUUUAUUAAGGCCGAUUGCAGGCAGAUAAUCGUGUCGGCGCCAACUGCCGACGAACUGCUGACGAAAAUGGAGCAAUACACCCGUUCACACCGGGAGGUGGCGUCGCGGACGAGCUGGGAGAUGACCGAGCUGGGCUACGGGAAAGCUGCACCGGAGCCAGAGGAGGAGGCGGCAUCGUGCUGAUGUGUGGCAGGCGUCGUCGUCCCUGGUUGCUCAACUGGCCACUGGGAUUGCAAUUGCAAUAAUCGUAGUGUGUUGUGGUUUUGCGUUGUUGGUUGCCUUUCAUGUGACCCUGUACGUUGGAUUGCGACUUGAUCUGGCGAAGAAGCCUAAGAUUGUGUAUCUAGUCAUUGUCUGCCCCCUUGGAAUGAAUGCAGCGGCGUGAGCAAAUGCUGACUGAUAAACUACCAACGUCAGAACUCAGGUGAAGUGAACCGAUAGGGCAGUCGUUUUCUUGGGUGUGAA